GGCGGAGACACGGGGCUCCUCCCUCGAUUCGGUGCUGAGGAAUCGGAAUGUCUUUCGCUGUUUGAGCGGUUCGGCUGGAGCUGCUGUUAUGAGCCGCUUUUGUGUGCCAUUUGGAAGGAGUCUGCUGGGCUGCAGGGCGAGGUCAUUCGGUUCACAGAGAGACCCCCAGGCUCCAGAGUUUAUUCCACCAGAAAACUCCCAGUAUGACUGGAUUGGUCCCCCUGACCCAGUCUCCAACCUCCGCCCCAUCCGGUUCCAUGUAGCAGCAAAUGAGAGCACACUGGAGAAACAUCUUCGGCUGUUUAGGCAAGAAACAGAGGAGUGGAAUCAGAAGUUCUGGGCUACACAGAAUUCCUCUUUUAUUAAGGAAAAAGAAGAGUUCAUAACCUCCUGUCUGAAAGCAGAAGGUCUCGGACUAAAGGAUGAAAAUGGUAGGAAAAGGAAGCUGAGUGCAGAAAAAAUGGCUGAAUUUUACAAAGACUUUCUCAACAAAAACUGGCAAAAACAUGCAGAUUACAAUAAAGAAUGGUACAAACGUAACAUAACCAUUACAUUCCUAAUGGGGAAGGUUACCCUCCAGAUGUUUUGGAAGCGACUUGGUCGAAGAACUGAAGAGAUGAAUUCAAAAAGAUGACCUUCAAAAGCCAAACUGUAUUGAAUAUGUUUGCCUUA